AUGGCACCCAAAGCGAUUAUAGCCCCAUCCAUCCUCUCGGCCGACUUUGCGCAGCUGGGCGCCGACUGCGUGAGGACAAUGGAUCAGGGCGCCGACUGGCUCCAUGUUGAUAUAAUGGACGGUCACUUCGUACCCAACAUCACCUUCGGCGCCCCGGUCGUGGCCAAGGUGCGAAAGCACGUCGACAAGCCGAGCGCGAAGUACGGACGCGGGACGUUCGACUGCCACAUGAUGAUCUCCGAGCCGAAGAAAUGGGUCAAGGAGUUCCAAAAGGCCGGCUGCGACCUGUACUGCUUCCACUACGAGGCGGCCUACUCGAGCGCGGGCGAGAGCCCCGAGGCCAAGACGGACGAGACGACCAGCCCGCGCGAGCUCGUGCGCUACAUCCACGACUGUGGGCUGCUGGCGGGCGUUGCGCUGAAGCCCGCGACGGGCGUCGAGGUGCUGACGGAGCUGCUCGAGAGCGCGGACGAGAAGGAGAGACCCGAUAUGGUCCUGAUCAUGACGGUCGAGCCCGGCUUCGGCGGCCAGAAGUUCAUGGCCUCGGAGCUGCCCAAGGUCCAGGCGCUGCGGAAGAAGUACCCCGAGCUCAACAUCGAGGUCGACGGCGGGCUGGGACCGGGCACGAUCGACCAGGCGGCCGACGCUGGUGCGAAUGUCAUCGUGGCGGGGAGCGCCGUGUUUGGGGCCAAGGACCCGGCUGAGGUCAUCUCCUUGCUGAGGAGUACCGUGGAUAAGAAGUCUGCGCUAUAA